AUGCACAUUUCUGAAAAUGCUUUCUAUCUCCCCCCCUCUCUCCCUCUCCUUCCCUUUCAUUUGAUUUUUCUUCCAUUCUCUUUUUCAUGCUCUCUAUAUUUUCCCCUCUCUCUCCCUCCCUCUCAUUUCCUUUCUCUUUCAUUCUUUCUCUCUUUUACAUUCGUUUUCUCUUUUUCUCUCUCUCUCUUUCAUUUCUCUUCUCUUUCAUUCUUUCUCUCUUUUUCAUUCUCCCUCAUUCUUUCAUUCACAUCUUUCUCUUCUCGAAUGUUCUUGUGUGGAAUCAAGAAAAUCUUUUCAAUCAAUAUUGAUCAAUACUUUCCCUCCCUAUCUAUCUAUCUAUCUAUCUAUCUAUCUAUCUAUCUAUCUAUCUAUCUAUCUCAUUCUGUUCAUUAUAUCUCUCAGUCUAUUAAUAUCUAUCUAUCUAUCUAUCUAUCUAUCUAUCUAUCUAUCUAUCUAUCUAUCUAUCUAUCUAUCUAUCUCAUUCUGUUCAUUAUAUCUCUCAGUCUAUUAAUAUCUAUCUAUCUAUCUAUCUAUCUAUCUAUCUAUCUAUCUAUCUAUCCGUACGUAUCCGUCAAUGUAUCAAUAUCUUAUGUGCCUACAUUUUAUUCGUGUAUACAUGCAUACCCCCGUACGGAUUCGGAAAGAAUUCGAUCAGCCCAUUGA